AUGGCCGUGAAUAGCCUUAUUGAAACCAAAAUAGAAAUAAUUGGUGGAAAUUAUGAAAAAAAAAAUCGUAUCCUACUCUUUGCAGAACAUGUCAGCUGCCUGAAGUGCUCAUCAAACUACCCUCCAUAUUUUACCGGUUACUACAUGGAAGCCAGGGACUGCCCGGGAGCCACCCUAAGAAAUUCAACCCUUAACGAUGAGAAGCUGGUUUGCUGUAUCUUGGAUACUACACUUGUCCCAUCAGUCCCACAAAAUAUCAAUGUGUCUUUUGAAGCGUAUCUUAACUUGGUUGGAGAGACCACAAGGACAAGAGCAUUGUAUCCGUUUUACAUGGAAGCGUUGAAUAUUGCUAACAUGUCAAGUAAACAUGAAAUAGCAGCCUUCACUGCUCAAAUAUUGUAUCAGACAUCAGGAAUGCUAUAUUCAGAGGAAAAUUCCGAUGGAGAGAAGUAUAAAGGAAAAGAAAGCUUGGGAAAUACCAGAGCAUCUGAUGCCCGCAAAUACAUAAGUAGAGGAUUCCUUCCUCUGAUAGGAAAACACAUUAAACAGUGCAAACUCUGUCGUGGGAUCUGGGAAUGA